GUGCAGAUCACAAGUCUUCCGAAUGGACUAUUAUGGACGAAAGUGACGCAGAAUUAUUCACUGAUAAGAUUGAAUAUUACCUUACUUCUCUCAAAAAUAUUCCUAAUCAGAGAAUGAAAAAAGUUGUACAAAAACACAGGAAUUGGAUUUUGUCAUUCAAGUCUCUAAGACGAGCUACGAAGCUAGUGUUGGGAUCCAUGCAAUAUCCAAGAUUGUCUGACGUUCAAGACUCAAAGUCAAUCUGGUGGGAUGAAAAAAAUCAGAUAGAAAUUGUAAAGGCACUAGUCAGGGAUACUACUAAUUUUCCAAGUUCUCCUGUACUAGG